GACCUGGGCGACGAGGUGGAGGACUUCAACGAGGCGCAGUUCCAGGCGGUGAUGGCGGCCCCGGAGAGCGGCGAGGAGGCCGGAGACAGCGAGGAGGAGGAGGAUGAGGAGGAGGUGCUCCAGCUGCAGCUGCCCGAGGACAGCGAGGAAGAUGGACACGAGAGUGAGGAGGAGGAGGAGGGAGACGAUGGUGAAGAUGAAGACGGGGACCUGUCCAUGGAAAGCGACUUGGAGGACCGCCGUCAGGACACCAAGCUCCCCCAUGAGCUCUCCUGGGGCAAACGCAAGCAGCUCUACUACGACACGGACUAUGGGAGCAGCGCCCAGGCCAAGGGCAAGCGUAGCAAGCAGGAAGUCGAUGCUGAGGAGGAGGAAGAGGAGCAGGAGGCUCAAGUGAUCCAGAGGAGGUUGGUGCAGGACUUAGAGGAAGAUGAUUAUGGGCUGGAUGUGAUUCAGGGCUAUCUGGCCGAGCAACAGAAAACCCAUGAUAGCAAGGGGCGGAAGAUUGACAAGGAUUUGCAGGCUCUUUCUAAGAAGGAGCAGCUCAAACUACUGAAGCAGGAGUCCCCGGAGCUCCUGCAGCUCAUUGAGGACUUUGAAAUCAAGCUCAUGGAGCUCAAGGACGAGCUGCACCCGCUGCUGCAAAUGGUUAAAAACGGCACCAUCCCACAAGGGAAGGGCAGCCGCUAUCUGCAGACCAAAUAUCAGCUCUACCUGAAUUACUGUGCCAAUAUCAGUUUCUAUUUGGUUUUGAAGUCCAAGAGGAUGCCGGUUCGCAGUCACCCCGUCAUCGAGCGGCUGGUUGCUUACAGGACUAUAAUCAAUGACCUAGCAGUUAUAGAUCAGAAGUUAUCCUCACAAGUUCGGAUGCUGUUGAAAAACUACUACAAUAAGAAGGAAGAUAAAAUUCGGAGGGAGAAGAAGUUUGCGGUAUUUCUCCCACUGGAUGUCAAGAAAAACAAAUUCAAACGUGCUCCCGCACUUGCUAAUGGCCGGGCUCCUGCUGGUGAGCCAUCAGAUGAGUCAGACCUGGACGAAGAGGCUGCCCUGAAAUACUACAAAAUGAUGGAGGAGAAGCUGAAGCUGAAGAGGAAGCAAAACGAAGACCAAGACACGGCUGAAGAAGCAGCGGUGUUGGAAGGAGCGGAUCCGGAUAAGAAGAGAGGUGUGACCUAUCAGAUGAUCAAGAACAAGGGCCUGACGCCCAGGAGGAAGAAGAUCGACCGCAACCCCCGGGUCAAGCACCGGGAGAAGUUCCGCCGGGCGAGGAUCCGUCGGCGGGGGCAGGUGCGCGAGGUGCGCAGGGAGGUGCAGAGGUACGGCGGGGAGCACUCCGGCAUCCGCGCCGGCGUCAAGAAGAGCAGGAAGCUGCAGUGA